AUUUUUUAUCUGUUACAGCUACAGGUUUUCCAUGGGAUGACGUGGCGAUUCGACUGAUGGACGAUGAGUUCGGAGCGACCGGUGACACGGAGCGGGUCGACGGAACGACCUCAGACGAGCCGGGAGGCGGUGGAGCGGCCGGUGACGCGCUGGCGAAGGGAUGAUCGCCCGAUGACGCGCUCUGGGGUCGUGAACCCGGCGGAAAUGGAGGAGGCCAACCGGAAACCCAUCGAAAACCGCCCCGUGUCCAGGCGAGGCCUCAAAGAUGAAGUGUCGACUGAUCGACUUCCCAGCAGAGCAGGGAUAGAGCCAGGAGUUCGCACUGCUGGUUUCAACAGCCGAAUCGGGACCGCCUCGAGAUUGUCCUCCGCUAUGAUGAGAGCGCCCUCCAGAACGUCUGCUGGCCCUGUCAUCAACAUUGCCGGAUCUCAGCUGGCAGGGAUGGAUCGGCUUGUAACAGCUGAUGGGUUGAGUGGAAUGAAUACCGUUUCUACUUCCAGAGGCGUUGGAGCCAGGCAGGUUCAGGAUAAACGUUAUUUCGAGGGUUUGAUCCAACUUAAAAUGCGGGAACUCGGCGCAGAAAUUACGAGACUGAACAAGGAAGUUGAAACAUACGCCAAGGAACAUGCUGCCUUUUUACUGUAUGACAAGCGGGUAAAGGAAGCAGCAACAGAGCUGACAGAGUUGCAGGAAACUCUCGCCGAUUACAAUCUACUCGUAGACAAGGCUAAUACCAACACUGAAAUCAGAGAUAUUAUGGAGGAGCGGGCAGAGCUGCAAGCCGCUAAUCAGAUUGCAACCAGACAACUUGAACAGUUGUUUGAAGAGCGCACCCGGAAACAGCAGCUCAUCGCAGAAAUCGAAGAAGAAAUCGAAUCGAAUCGUCGGUCAACAGAAAAGAUGAUAACUAACAUGAGCCCUGCCAUGAAGGAGCAGUACUCGUCACUGAAAGAAUAUAUUUCAACCAUGCAGGAGAGAGUGGAUAAACUGCAGGAACAACUGGAUGCACUUAAUUUUCGGAAAGCCGAAUUAUUGGACCACAUUUCAUCAGUGCCUAUUAAAGUGGAAGCUGCUCGACUAUCACAAAAAUUAGCUGAAUUGGAGGAGCGGCGACAGGUACUGCUUCAGGAGGAGAGAAACAAGCUUUCACCAGAAGAGGAGCAAGAACGAUUACUAGCCCAAGUGAAAUCAGAUAAUGCAGAAAUUCUCAGUAUUGAGCGGGGAAUGAGCAUGCUGCAAGAUCAAAUCAAGUUCACAAAGAAACAAAUUGAGACAAUCAAUGAUGAUUUGGAGGAGAGUCAAAGUGAGAGAUUCAAAAAAUACCAAGAACUAAAAAAAAGGGAAGAGACCAUCGAAACGUUUCUCAUCAAUUUUGAGUCCACGAAAUCGGAUGAACUCCAGCGCCUAAAUGACCUGGAAACUGAUAUCGUGAAAACUCUUACGAAAAUGAGCAAACAUUUAAUCACUUUACCUCCUUCUGCUGUUGAGUAUGAGCUUUUGGAAAAGGAUUUCAGUUCAGCUAACAUAUUUGCCGGCGAUAACUCCGUGCAGAGUUUGAGUUUGGAUUAUCGCCAGUUGGGGAUGACUCUGGAAAAGCUAAACUCAAUGGAGAUACGAAUCAAAACUGAAAUUGAAACCUUGCAGCAGAAAAUCGCAGAUAUGAAGAAUGAUUUGAAAAAAUACACUGACCUUGAUUCAUUGCAAGAUAAAUUUGAAGAGGAAAGAAAAGAACUGACCAAUGAGCGAGAGGAACUUUUAAGAAUGAAAGAUACUGAUCUCCCAACUUUGCAGGAAGCAAAGUCAACUUAUGAACGAUUGAUGAAACAACUUCAGGACAACGAUACCUACAUCCAGUUGAAAAAUUUAGAGAAAAGAUUAGAGCUUAUCGAGCAGAACAAUUUUGCACUGAAGGAGUAUAUCGCAACCAAGGAGAUGGAGACAAAUUUUGAACCAGUGAAAAACAGAACUUUAGAACUUAUGAAUUCCUACAACUCUGCACUCAAGGAAGAACUUGUCGUAAUACGUAAAUAAUUUUGUUUGUCUCCUAUGUUUUUACUCUUAUAAAAUUCUAUAAUGAUGAGAACAAUCAACUGUAAAUGUUUUACUAUCUUUUCAAUUUUUCUUCUUUUGUCAGUGCUCUUGGUAGCACAGGUUGCUAUAAAUUGCAAUUGCAUUGUAAAAUUGUUGCUUUGUUAUUGGGGGGUUGCAUGUGCUGUCUAUUCAUUUGUUGAAGACGCUCCUCUAAUUAAAUUUUUUUUCAAUAAAA